CUCUCUCUCUCUCUCUCUCUCUCUCUCUCUCUCUCUCUCUCUCUCUCUCUCUCUCUCUCUCUCCGUGUGUGUGUAUGUGAGAGUCCUUCCUCAGAAUGUGUUAUCAGACACACACACACACACAUUUCCUUCAGUCUGCUUCAAGUCUACGCUGUGUUACACCAUGACCAACAACCCUCACACCACCACCACCAUGACCACCACCAUCACAACGAUCAUCACCAAUGCCUGGCAACAUGGGCAGGAGGAAGAGGAGGUGCAGAUCAGGCAGUUAAUGGUGGUGAGCUACUGGAUACUCCUGCCUGUGUGGCUGGUGGUGGGCGUGACCUUGUCAGCCGUUGGCCUAUACCUCCUCCACAGACCACGAAUGCAAGGCUUGCCAAUCACCACGUACAUGAAGCUGCUGCUAAGCCUGGAUGCGGGAGUUAUGGUGGCCACCAUCGCCACCAUCCUGACACUCAACGGAUGUCACAUCCAUUCUUAUGCCAUGGGACUCUUUGCCCACUUCUCCUUCACGCUGUUCUACAUGUUUCAGACCUUCUGUCACUACAUCAUCGUGUGGGUGUGCUACAACCGCUUCCUGGCACUAUGGUGCUUCAGCCGCUUCCAGCAAACUCAAAAGCCGCAGGUCAUUAGACUUCGCAUAAUCUUCACCGGUGUCUUAUGUGUCUUGGUUAACCUAAGACACCUGCUGGAUGUGCAGGUGGUGUGUAUGGGCACUGCCGGAGAGGUGGAGGCCGCUGCUAACCACACAGAGGACUGCGAGGGGGGCGCCUGGGUUAUUCUGGACAGUCUACACCAGAGCGAGAUGACAGAGGUGUGGCAGAUGGCAGUGUGGAUUGUGCGUGGCAUCCUGGUGAUCGUGAUGCCUGUGUUCCUAGUGCUGGUAUUCAACACAUCCAUCAUAAUCGGUCUGGUGCGCCGCCGUCUGCACAAUGCCGCCUCCACUAGCCGUACGCGGGACCAGGCUUACUCCAGCAUUUAUAUAUCACUGGCUAUCUCCUUCACAUCCAUCACCACUGCCAUGCCUACCGUGGUUCAUGCACUUUUCUUCGCUACCAACAUCAAGCACUGCCAUGGGCCUUUCAGUGAGGAAGUGUUCCGAGCAAUUGCCAACCUCCUCCUGCUGGGGGAGCACCUCACACAUAUCCUCUUCCUGGCCAUCAACCAGACCUUCCGAGACGAACUGAAGAUGCUGUUUCAUGCUACUAAAAGAUCCAUCUCCAAAUCCAUCACCUGCAUGACUCAGACCCCCAUUUCUUCACGCCAGAUGCACCCCUUCACGGUCACUACGAAUGUCAACAUGAAGGAAAGUCCACAAGCCCCCCAACUGGUGGUGUCAGCACCAGAGGAAAAGCCUGACAGAGAAGCGAUUGUACAGAUCGCAGUUCCCACACAAGCCUCACUGAGCGCCUUACUCAUGAAUGCAGAACUACAUGGACAAGACCCACUGAGGAAGACCCGCAAGAAUGAAAAUGAUACCCAGCACUCUGCCAGAACGUCCAUCAUGUCACUGGAGGAUGGGCGCACAUAACACACACACACACACACACACACACACACACACACACACACACACACACACACACACACACACACACACAAAAAAAAAGAGCCAGGUGUUGUUACAGUGACUGGAAAUCUGAUCCCAAAGAAACGCAUUAGCAAAAUUACAGGAGAAACCUUUAACUUAUUGAGAAGAAUAAUGGCUGAUUUUUGCAUAUAUGGAUGAAGAUAUGAUCAAGAAGAUAAUUACAUAAGUGAUUAAACCUAGACUGGAAUAAGCAGCCAUAGUGUGGCCGCCCUACAAGAAAAAGCAUAUAAGGAAGUUGGAAAGAGUUCAGAGAGCAGCAACGAAGAUGGUAUUAAAUAUCAGGGACUUGACAUAUGGAGAGAUUCCAACUUUGAAAAAAAGGAGAGAAAGGGAAGACCUGAUUACGAUAUACAAAGCAUAUGAGGGAGUGGAGAAGGUGGACCAGAAUGACUUGAUAAACUUGAUACUAGAGGACAUGGAAAGAGGCUGAAGAGUACUUGUAGGAGAUGUCAAAAAGUAUAGUUUCCCGUAUAGAACUAUUGAAGUAUGGAACACUGGAUGAGGAGACAGUAAAUGCAAAAAAUAUACAUGGAUCCAAGGCUAAGUUGCAUAUUAAAAGAUAUGGAGAUGGGCAUGAACAUUAGCUCUUUUCCCAUAAAGCACAACUUUUUAUUCUCGGAAGAACAUUUAGGCGUUGGCCGAGAUUCGUUAGCUACUCUGCCACAUCACACAAUUUCUCUUAAAUAUAUCAGUUCGUUUUACUUUCUAUUGAAAUUCAAGUAUUAAAUAUGGAUUAUUUAGCUCAUCAAACCAUGCAGUGCUCUGAAUGGUGUGGGUUUUAGGAUAAUAAAUAAUCUGGAUUUUACAUAAAUAUCACAAUAUUUGACAACAUAACUUUGUGGCGUCAUUUAAGUCGAGCACAAGGGGUGCAUAUCAGUAGAGUCAGGUGACUCAGGUCAGAGAGAGGGGUGGCUCCACCUCUUGAAGGACAUUCCCACAAUGGCAGCAGCUCCCAAGUGCUCACAUGUUCUUCACAGCCGGGAGAAGUAACUUAUUUACAACAAGAAUAAGUAUAAGAAUAAGAGAAGGGCCAAUAGAGGUUCUAUCACUGCACCCUCCAGAGCAAUAGUUCGAACAACCAAAGCCACUAAUGUGAGAGACGACAGUGCGACGAAUCCGCUCUGCCCCAAAUCGAGAUUACGUGAAACAAUUACUACGAACAAAUAAAUUAUAGAAAAAUUAUUCACACAGUAUCAUAAAAUACUGAGAGAGAGAGAGAGAGAGAGAGAGAGAGAGAGAGAGAGAGAGAGAGAGAGAGAGAGAGAGAGAGAGAGAGAGAGAGAGAGAGAGAGAGAGAGAGAGAGAGAGAGAGAGAGAGAGAGAGAGAGGCGGGGGGCGGAUUAGGACGGUCGCCUGUCCUUUCUACCAAAGUGUUAAGCCGAUAAUUAGUUCUGUAGAGAGACGGCAACACAGCUCAUGGGGAAUUUCCCUACUCAGCCAACACCCAAACGUUCUUCCAGGAACAAACACUAUAGGUAAACACACACACACACACACACACACACACACACACACACACACACACACACACACACACACACACA